AUGGGAUAUGCAGAAGGAAUAUUGGAGCCUAAGAUGGACUUUCUGAUGAAUGUGUUUCAGUCCCAGGAUAUGUUCGUUAAAGCCUUGUUAAAAGCAACACAACUUCUCGGUUCCAGCCUAGAGAAGACCCUGAAGCCCUCGCUUGCUUUCUGGGAAGGAUGGGGUUUUUCUAGAAUGGAGCUAUUGAGUUUCUUAUGGGUACAUCCUGUCGUUCUCACAUGCACGUCUCUAAUGCCUGCACAAAUGGAACUCAUCCACAAGAUUGACGCUCCCAAAGAAAGAAAAAUGUACAAAUAUAUUCUAAGUAUGGUGUCUCUUAGCCGCGUGCAAACGUUAGAGGCCAAGAUAGAGAACCUCAAACUCUGCGGGCUCUCGGCUGAAGAAAUAUGGCAACUAUUUGGAGCUUCUCCUCUAGUCCUUUAUCUCUUCAAGGAAAAUGUUAGGGAAAAGAUGAACUUUCUAGUUAAUAACAAGGAGCUCCCUGCAAAUUAUGUAGUGAAGCACCCUAGGAUAUUAACAGCCAGUUUGGAAAAGACUUUGAGGCCCAGGUUUCUGGUUUGGUAG